AUGAAAGGAUAUAUCGAAUUGUUCAAGAAAAGUAAGAUUGAAGAAUACAAGGAAUCAAUAAAGGCUCGAGUUGGAAGAGAGGAUAAUCAUAAAAUUAUCGACCAGGCCGACAAUGCGAUGAACCUGACACUAUUGGGAGAACGGUUGAUCGAUAUAUCUGAGAAACCAAGAAACAAAGGAGAGAGAUCCCAAUUCAAGGAUCGGAUCUCCCAAUUAUCCAUUUUCAUUAAGGUUAAAGAAGGUAUGAUAUACUUACCGGGCAAAAAGUUGCUGACGAGUCAGAACGACACCGAAGCCACAGUAGCUGGAACUGGAUAUUUAUUCUGGGAAUCUCAAGUCAUCGUAACUCAGUCUUGGUGUAUUUGUUUGGGUUUCUGGUUUUCUGGUUUUUUGAGAUGCUUGCUUACUUGCUGGUAG